UCCCGUUGUGGAGCACGGGCUCUAGGCAUACGGGCUUCAGUAGUUGUGGCUCGUGGGCUCUAGAGUGCAGGCUCAGUAGUUGUGGCACACAGGCCUAGUUGCUCUGUGGCAUGUGGGAUCCUCCCGGACCAGGGCACGAACCCAUGUCCCCUGCAUUAGCAGGUGGAUUCUUAACCACUGCGCCACCAGGGAAGCCCUGUGGUCCAGUCUUGAGAGACAUUUUCCAGUUGGCUGAGCAGCAGGGAACACAACACGGCCAGAAUCUCUUGAGGUGUGGGGCAUGUGCAAAAUGUUUUUAUUUCAGGGUAAGCAAACAACACCAGAAGCAGCACAUGAGAGAAAAACCCUUUUUAGGCAGUGUAGACAAGGCUUCACUUGUGAAGAACUGCAAUUUCCAGGAGUCAGGGAAGCCUUUUACCUGCAGGGAGCUUGGGAAGGACUUCCUAAUCUUGUCAGGACACCUCCAGCAACAGGCCACUCACUCCCAGGAGAAGCCAAACAACAUCUCUGAGUGUGGGGUGACUUAUCAAAGAAGAAAAAAUCAUUAUACCUGGGGAGAAUGCAAGAAAGCCUUUAACCCCCAAAACACACCUGAUCAGGACCAGGGUGUCCACACUGGAAGACAGUGUUUUUGUGUGCCAGGACCCUGGGAAAGCAUUCAGGUUCAAAUCCUUGUAUGUUGUGCAUCAGAAAGUCCACACUAUAGAAGGGCUUUACAUGUGUGGUGAAUGUGGCAAAUCUUUUAAGCGGAGCUCGACCCUCAGUCAACAUGAAAGAGUUCAUACUAGGGCAAGGCAGUACAAGUGCAGCAAAUGUGGGAAAUCCUUUAGCUACAAAUCUUUGCUCGUUUAUCUCCAAAAAAGUCACAUUGGAGAAAAAUGAUACAUGUGCAGUGAAUGUGCACAAUCUUUUAGCUAUAGCUCCAUCCUUACUCAACAACAGAGUGUUCACCCUGGAGAAAGGUCUUAUGAGUGCACUGAAUGUGGGAAGUCUUUUACUGAUAGGUCUGGCCUCCAUUAUCAUCAGAGAGUUCACACUGGAGGAACGCCUUAUGAGUGCAAUGAAUGCAGGAAGUCUUUUACCUAUAGCAAAGACCUCCAUUAUCAUCAGAGAGUUUACGAAGGAGAUAGGCCUUAUGAGUGCAGUGCAUGUCGGAAAUCUUUUACUGCUAGGUCUGGCCUCCAUGAUCAUAAGAGAGUUCAUACUGGAGAAAGGCCUUAUGAGUGCAGUGAAUGUGGAAAGUCUUUUACCUGUAGCACUGGCCUCCAUUAUCAUCAGAAGAUUCACAAUGGAGAACGGCCUUAUGGGUGUAAUGAAUGUGGGAUCUUUACUGCUAGGUCUGGCCUCCGUUGUCAUCAGAGAGUUCACACUGGAGAAAGGCCUUAUGAAUGCAGUGAAUGUGGAAAGUCUUUUACCUGUAGCACUGGCCUCCAUUAUCAUCAGAAGAUUCACAAUGGAGAACGGCCUUAUGGGUGUAAUGAAUGUGGGAUCUUUACUGCUAGGUCUGGCCUCCGUUGUCAUCAGAGAGUUCACACUGGAGAAUGGCCUUAUGAGUGCAAUGAAUGUGGGAAAUCUAUCACCUUCAGCUCCGGACUUUGCUGUCAUCAGAAAGUUCACACUGGUGAAACACCUUGUAAGAGUAAUGAAUGUGGGAAAUCCUUCAGCAAAAAAUCUACUUUCUUUUAACAUCAAAGAGUUCACACUGUGUAAAGGCCUUAGCUUUUAAGGAAAUGUGCGAUUGUCCUGUUGAUUAUAAUGGCACUAAAGGAGCCAUCUCUCUGAGUUCAGUUUUGUACAAAUGUUCACAGUUAGGAGAUCCCCUGUAAGUCUGAGUUAUAUGAAAGCAUGUGUGGCUUGUUAUAUACUCUCUGAUCUGCUCAGGGCUCUUGCCAAAUUUAUGUCACUGCCAAUUUCUAUGGCCAAAGACGUUUUACCUUUACCACCUGGCAGGUCCACACAGUUUGCAUCAGUCACCAUCCCAGUGUGCUCAGGGAAGCUGACCACUGGUCUCCCAUGUAAAGGUUUGUGGAUUCCUGUAGUCUCUCACUGAUAUUCUCCUUAAGGCCGUUACUGCAGAGGCGGGAACACAAAGGUAGUGAAAAUGGAGAUCUGUAGUCCUGGGAUGUGGCUUUGCGGCCCAGUCUGUAUUCCUGUUGAUGUGGUUGGAAACAUCCUUCAUUGCUCACCAAUGUUGGCUUCCACUGAGGCAAGACUGAUUCUCAGAGGGCAUGAGGAGAGACAUGGUGGUCAAUAUAGCAUUCCCAAAUUUAUUUUCUUAAAAGGGAUGCACAGAUUUGUGAAAUGUAAAGCCAUUUUUUAUAGCUUUAUUUAAAAGUAUAAUUUACAUUGAAUUAAACUUUAUACAUUUUCUUAUAUACAUAAUUUAAAGUAUACUAUUUGAUAAGUUUUGAUGUAGGUAUGAACCUGUGAAACUACCAUCAUAGUUAUAAUAAUGGCCAUAUCCAUUGCUGUAUAUUUACCUCACAUCCUUUUAUAAUCUCUCCCUGCCCUUCCCUCCCUCCAAAUAAUCAUUGAUUUACUUUCACUUAAAAUUGAUACCUUUGCAUUUUGUAGAAUUUAUAUGGUGGGAAUCAUUAAAUA